UAUCGUGAUAGUAUCGGGCUCAAAUAAUUGUAAAAUGGACACAAAUGGUCACACUGGUGCAAAAUGGAAUUGGUUGAAAUUAAUCCAACAAACACAUUUUUAAGUGGCGAGCAACUUAUUAAGCACCGCCAUUUGGAGAUUGAAGCCCCGUGCGGUGGCCUGAAGCGCACACAGAAUGAGGGAAGUGCAGCUGAACUCGAGGAAAUUACCACGGCUCUUGCUAAUCUGCGAGCUCAACUGUCAGUGCCACGCAUUGAACGGCUCGGGGGGAGGGCUCUGGCCACUUGGGAUGAAGAACAGCAAGCAGCGGCAAUUUUACGCAAAGAUGGCAAAUUCGAGAGCUUCGGAUACAGCGUGCAGGGUAAACAAUAUUUGGAAUACUACGAGGCCUUGUUCCUUCUAGAGUUGGGUCGCCUGCAGCUGGAGUACCAUGGCGUGAAUGUUUCAGUGGAGCAGGCCUAUGUCUUGCUGCUUGGAGAACUGGAGAGCGAAAAGUUCAGCAAUUACUUGGUUUAUUCAACGAUGUCUCGCGCUGGUUACAUAGUGGUUAGGCACAAGCGCCAUCAGCCAACAACAGAAGCAGUAACUAGAGCAGAUUGCAUCUGGGCUCUGCUGGAGGAGAGGACUGGGAAUAUCCCAGUAGCUUCACAUAUCAGAGCUUCACCGCUCUAUGCGAUUGUGGAGAAACGUAUGGAAGAUAUCAAACAGCUAAUCGUGUGGCCAAAUAUCAAAGAGAAUGAGAAUUGCGGAGAACCGAUCGACUUCAAAUUUGACACACGAAAGCGAAAAGCAAAUACAGUGUCGAACGGCGAUCCUGGCUGCAAGAAAGCAUGUCUAUCGACGGCCAAGAGCCUGGUAGAGCUGCCAAAGACAGAAGCGACCUUUGCCAGAUUCAAGAGUGUCUUUAACAAAUUCGAUAUUGUGCAGCUUAAAAACAGAGAUUACCCAGCCGUUGAUGAUACAAUUCUACCUUCCCGCAGGAUAUCAUUUGACUUGUAUCUUCAUAAUGAAGGUUUCAAAAAGCGCACGCCGAAAACACCCACUUUCAACGUCAUGAUUCUCCCGCCCGAUGCGCUGUUUCCCACACACAGUGAGAUUGCCCAGAGCCAGCGUCAACAGCUCCAUACAGCGCCACUGCUCGUCGUGUCCGUUAGCGAAUCGAAACAGAUACAGGCCUUCUUGUACUAUAUUAGUUGAUGAUGUCGGAUUCUGCGGAUGUGCUACCUCAAUAAAAUUUGCCAAUUACUUUUUGUGCCACAAAGUGCUGACAGGAGAAGUUCUGUCAAAACAUUCGAAGAAAAUUAGUUUAUUGUUUAUACUGUUU